GGGGAGCGGGGUUAACCGACGAAGCUCGCGCCGAAUUGGUCAGCUCGAUCCAGGACAAACUGGAAACCCUCAUGACGCAAAACUUCCUCGCCGGCCUCUCGCCAGCUGUCCGCACACGUGUCACUGCUCUACAGGAGAUCCAGAAAUCGCACGACGAGCUCAAGGAGAAGUUUCUGGAGGAGAAGGCGGCUCUCGAGGCCAAGUACCAGAAGCUGUACGAGCCGCUCUAUAAUCAGCGCUCUGAGAUUGUGGCGGGAGACAAGGAGCCGGAAGGCGCUGAGGCCCCCGCUGCUGAGGCCGGAGCCGAGGUUGAGAAGGGUGUUCCUGAGUUUUGGCUCACUGCCAUGAAGAAUAACGAGAUCCUGGCAGAGCAGAUCACAGCGAGGGACGAGCCUGCACUGAAGCACCUUAAGGACAUCCGGUGGUCGCAACUGGGGGAGGAGCUCAAGGGCUUCAAGCUGGAGUUCCAUUUCACGCCCAACCCCUACUUCAAGAAUGAAGUGCUCACCAAGUCAUACUUCAUGAUCGACGAGGAAGAGCCGAUUCUUGAGAAGGCCGAGGGCACGGAGAUCGAGUGGAACGCGGGCAAGAACCUGACGCAGAAGAUCAUGAAGAAGAAGCCGAAGAAGGGCGCCAAGAGCAGCAAGCCCAUCACUAAGACAGAGCCAUGCGAGAGCUUCUUUAACUUCUUCAGCCCGCCAGCCGUGCCCACCGAGGACGAGGAGCUGGACGAAGAGGAGGCGGAGGAGCUGCAGGAGAUGAUGGAGCAGGACUACGAUGUGGGGUCUACCCUGAGGGAGAAGAUCAUUCCACAUGCUGUCUCCUGGUACACCGGGGAGGCUGCUGACCUGGAGGAUUUGGACGAUGACGAGGAUGAUGAGGAUGAUGAGGACGACGAGGACGAUGAUGAGGAUGAGGAUGAUGAUGACGAGGACGACCACCCGAGGCCUGCUCGCGGAAGGCUGCAUAGUCCUCUCUCUCCAAUCUCUCCUCACUCUUCUCUCUCCAAUCUCUCCUCACUCUUUUCUCUCCACUCUCUCCUCGCUCUUUUCCCUCCACUCACUCUCCUCAGACUCGCAGGUUUGGCGUUUCUCUUCUCAGUGGGCAUCGGCUUGCAGCUGCUGGGAUGUGUUCUCUACAACAACUGGUGGCCAAUGCUCUCAGCGCUCAUGUACCUGAUACUGCCCAUGCCAUGCCUGUUCUUUUCUACUGGUGACUCCUCCGACUUCUUUCUCAUGGGCACGGAUAACGAAUGGCAAGAUGCAGCCAAGUUCCUCACUGGCUUUUCUUCGAUUGGCAGUGUUGCAAUCCCCUUCAUCCUCCACCACGGUCAUCUCAUAACUCUUGGAGCCACUCUCUUCACACUUGCGGCCUUCAUUGUGCUCAGCGGCACUCUAGUCCUUUUUAUUCGGGUGUCUAUGGAUGAUGGCCCCUCUUGGAGUGGGUAUUAG